CCCGCGGCGCACUGUGUGCCGUUGGUGGGCGGAGACUAAACGCUGUGCUGCGGGCGAAGAGGCGCAAAAGCGAUACGUCAAAAUGGGAGAAGUGAUGAUACAAGUUCCCAAAUCUCGCGUGCACUCGUCUAGCCAGGCUGCUUAAGCAUGUCCACAGAUGACAGCAUCUCAGAGGACGUGUCUAGCUCCGUGGCACUGAGCCACGACCACACGAGCCCCAAUGGCGGGAAGGAGAGCGAGGCCUCCGUGGUCUCCUCGGCAGACACGGUGUCGGGCCUGGCUCUUCCCGAGGAGGCGGGCGUUAUAACUCGACCCUCCAGCACACCAGCAUGCACCAUUUCCAGCAAAAUAAGGAGUCUGUGUCUCAGCGGCGCUGAGGAAGAGUUCAGCUCAGGGAGAAGCCUGCCCUUCAUCAACCCCAGUUCUUUAGAGACGCUCCGAGCGUUGGUGCACGAGAUCCAGAGCAGCGAGACGGACCCUGAGAUCUGGAAGAACUGUGAGGGCAGGUGGCUACACCUCUUUCAGCUGGUGGAGAAGCAAUACCAAGAACAGAUUCUUGCUCAGCAAGAACAGUAUCAGUGCCAAAUACAGCUCAUUCAGGACGAGAUCAAAGCAUUAGUGCAGCUACAGAAGCGGCAAAGCGGUGCACAGUCGAACCCCUCGGGCACAGGCAAGACGUUGGAGCCUCCAGCGGCCCUGGAGAAUGAAAUCCAGGCUUCUAGCCCCUCAAAGGUCACGGCUAACCCUCAGGAGAGCUCAGACGAGGGCCUGGUGACUGUCCAGAGCAGCGGCUAUGGCACUCUGUCCACCUGGGAGCCUGGAACAACAACGGGGAGCCUGGAAGGGAAGGACGAGGUGCCCUGCUCACGGAAAAAGCAGGACAGCAGCAUUUCACCCUCCCUUUUGGCUAAAACAAGGGGGCAAGACGGUGUAGCAAACAGGACUAUGUCUUCUAAUAAUUCACCUCACACAACUUCCUCAAGUGUGCCAAAUCUUCUUGCUGACAAGCAGAGACUAAACAGUCAACCACUGACCUCCUGGGCCCAGAGGCAGAAACACAGGCAAAGAAAAAGCAAAACGGCACAAACCCGCUCGCCGCAGAUGGAGGGGAGAGAAGAGGGCGGGUCAGGUGGCUCUCCUAAGGAACACAUGGAACAUCUGGAUGAAUUAGGACGCAGUGCAGUCUACUCAAGCCCUGCUGCCCUGAAGAGAAGCGACAGCCUUGUGUCAGAAGCCUCAGGUCUGACCUACUGGAAGCUGGAAGAAGGCGAGCUCUACCACCCUCUACCAGACAGCUUUGAAAACAGCUCUUUCCUGCUAAUGCAGGAUGUUAAUCUGAGCCAGCCUUUAGAAGAUGAGGCACGACUGUCCCUGUCUCUCAGAGAGAUCUACCAGAGCAAGCACAAGGUGGAUCCCAAAGGCCAGGAGUGGGACUCCUUAAUCAACUCUGAUGCAUCUUCACCUCAGGUGCUGACUCUGGACCCCGGGGCUCACACGAGGCAGUCAGAGCGUACGUCGGGCUUCACGUCUCCCUCACGCUUCAGCAGCCCCUCCUCGCCCAUGUCACACACCUCACACACUGUUCCUCGAGUAUACAGUGAAGACGAAGGCAGCCGCACAGCCACCAUGACACUGCAGGCCACGGGCUCGUCUGUGCAUGAGCCACGCCCAAACAGCAGGAAACUGGAGGCUUCGGCUUCACUAGACGACCCCGUGGUACUCUCAUUGCUGAGACAGAACCUGAGGGAGAAGCAUGCACGGCACAUAGCAGACCUCCGAGCCUACUACGAGUCAGAGAUCAGCGCCCUGAAGGAAAAGCUAGAUUUGGUCAGUUUACCCCUGGACAUGGAGAAAAGCAACCAGAUCCUGCUAGAACGGUGUGAACACUUGGAACGGGCUCUUACAGAGGCGAGUAUGCGCAUCAGAGAACUGGAGAACAAGAACCGCCACCUGGAGAGACAGCUGGCGGAGUGGCCCGAGCGCUACGAUGCAGCCAGUUCAACGGUGAAAGCUCUGCAGCAGCGUCUGGAGGAGAGCAAGCAGAGCAGCAGGGAAAAAGACAACACCAUGAACAAGCUGAGGAGCCGCCUGCGCCAGCUGGAGGAGGCUGUACAGAACGCCUGCAAAGAGGUGGACGAAAAGGAGGCGCGCAUGAAGAAAGAGCACAAGAUGCUGCAGGAUCUGCUUCAAGAGUAUGACUCAUUAAGAAAAGAUCAUGAAGGAGUGAAGGACAAUUUGGUGUCAACUGAAAAUAAACUCUUUGAUGCUAACGAACAAAUAGCAGAACUGAAGAGGAUCAUUUCCAAACUGGAAGCACAAGUGAAGCAGCUGGAACAUGAGAACAUGGCUAAAACUCGCCAGGCUUUGCACAGCCACUUGCAGAGUUCAGGAGCUGGCUUAUUCCACCAUCCUGAUCUUCUACUUUCACCAAACAAAAGGCAGCGUGAUGUGGAAUGCAGCACAAAGAAUCUUGGACUUUCAGAGAAAGGAGGAUUAGGAAGAGGCCGCCCUUCACCUACGGAGAGAGAACAGACAGACGAGGAGCCCACACGGAGAGACGUGUCACUUUCCCCCAUGAUGAAGGCUCUGAUUCAGCUGGAGGACACCAAAGCCACGGAGGGGCGUGCUCUGACAAAAACCCACUGCAGCUCUCCUAGGUUAGGAAGCAAGAGACCCACAGUUGCAUUCGUGGACAGUAUUAGAGAACCUUUAACAGAAAGAGGUGAAACUGUGCUUCGAGCUCAGAGAAGUCUUUCUCCAGAGGGCCAUCGCUCUUCAUCUCUUCCCGCCAGAGCACAAAGAGCAGGUCCUCCAUCCACACCGACAAAGAGAGAAACUCUGCUUUAUCCGCUCUCGGCAAAGUCCAGUCCCAAGCGAUGCCCGACAGAGAAUGUAUCCACCGCGUUCGGUCGUCCCAUGCAUUGCCAACAGCACCUGCAUAACAGGUUUGAUUUGCACUUUGAUCAAACGGGUUUCAGCUCAUCGCUGCCGUCUCGGCGCAACUCGAGAACAAGACUGCAGUUCAUGCCAGAAGUUAAAACUCAGACCAGCUCGGCAUCGGCACAGGCUGUAGAGAGCAGUGAAUCUGAGGAGCAAGAGGUUACAGACCAAGACCUACUGACCCAUGACCAUGAGGAUGAAAUCAUCCUCCCUCGCGUUCAGUCUCUAGCUGACGCUGAGAAGCUGUUCGAUGAGCUCACGCAGGAGAAACAGCAGAUCGAGGCAGCACUCAGUCGUAUUCCUGGGGCUGGAGCCAGGGUCACCUUGCAGACCAGGCUGGAUCAGGCGUCAUUAGAGAACCGGUUGGAAAAAGUGAACCGUGAUCUGGGAUCCAUCCGUAUGACUCUGAAACGAUUCCACAUUCUCCGCUCCUCUGCCAACAUAUAGCGAGUAGUCGCUUUCCUCUUCUAAGGAUCGUGAAAGGUUUUUGACUGGGACACAGGACACUUCCAUUGUACAUAAAACAAUGUUCAAUAUUUCUACUUUUGUUAUGUUAGGAUAUUUUUUAUGUUUAUAUGAUAUGUUUUAAUACGCAGUACAGAAACUGAUUUUUAAAGUAUAUUUUAAUACAUGGAUUUGUAAAAAAAAAAAGAAAAGAAAGAAAUGUACUUUUUUAUGUCAUGAAAGUAUGUUGUAUGCUUCACUCAUUCAGGUUGAUUUUUUUUUUCUUCCAUUUUGCUGCUGAAACAAUGAAUGGCAAAAAAGUUCAUUAGAACAGGACAUUUACAGUGUUGUGUUUUUUUAUCUCUUUUUUUUUUUUAAAUUUUUUAUCAGCAGUUCAUUUUGCUGUUUAUUUUGAAAUUCUUUUUUAAAUUCCAGUUGUACUUUUGUUUUUUUGUUUAUUUAUUCCUUUUUAUCCAACAGGUUUUAUAUUUUUGUUUUUUUUUUUGUUGUGAGCCAUUUUGAUUCCCCUUUUCCUGUGCAAGAUGUGAAUAUUUUAUAAUACAUCAAAUAGAUUUUAGUUACCUUUAUAUGUAAUUUCAUGAAGGAUCGACCAACGCUCUCACACUUGCAUUUUCUCUUUCUCUCUUUCUUUUUUAGACAUUCCACACAUUACUUUUAUUACCUCUUUCCAAACCAUAUCGAUUGUUUAUGCACUCCUUUACAAGGCAUAACUUCGACACUUUGAGAUGUUCGUGCCACUUAGAACAGAAUGCCUUUGUAAUGCAUGGAAAAUUAAAAUAAUUUAAAAUUAUUUAAUUCUCAUGAAUUAGGCUCGUUCAUUCCCUGUAGAUCGCUGGAUCACUAUUUACUCUUGCACCACAUACCUCAAUAAAAAUAUUUCAAAAUGCAAAACCAA